AUGCGCAAGCUAUUUGGAGCUAAUAAGAAGAAGAAAUCCAGUACAAACCUCAAAGCUGGUACCUUAAAAAUUCCAAUUCCUAUGAUCAAUGGCUCUGAAUAUGCUGAUCUGACAGAAUCUCAAAUGUCAACACUCAUAGGUGGAGGUAACAGAGACUAUCACAAGAAGAAAUUGACUUCUUCACUGUCGAGUCAGCGAACAAACAAUACAACCCAAACUGAAAAAACGCCAUCCAACAUCCCCGUGCAGCAACAACCCGUUACCCCGAGCCGAUCCAUUAGUUCACCACCUAUUUUAGUGAUGCCCAAACCGAUGCAUAGUCUUCCACCUACUCGCUAUCUGCUUCGAAAUUACGAUUAUGAAAAGACUCAGGUGGAGAGUUCUAGUAGUAGCAGUAGUGGUGAAAGCAGCCAAGAGGAGGAAGAGGAACAGGGAAAAGAGCAUCGUAUCAUGUCAUCACCAUUACCGUUAAAAACAGAAAGAGAAGAUGAUGAGGGCCGAAAUCACCAAUCAUACACAUUUGUCACAAGAACAAGCGAGGACUCUAUAAAACAGUAUGUAUCUGCUUCAGAGUCCCCUUUUCCUACGGCUUCCUCCAUUGUUUCAAGUAUGAAUCAACCCAAUGUUGCUACGCUGUCCCCCUCUUUUUCUUCUCCUUCUUCUCCAGUCAAAAACACAUCCAUUGGUAAUGACAUGAUUCAUGCCAAUGAACCCAAGCGAGCUACUUCUUCUGUGCCUCUACCUGCCUCAUCCACAUUUGCCAAUACCCCUGCUGCUGCUGAUGAUGAUGAUUCCAAUGUCCAUCACAAACAAGACACGCCCAAACCACUGUUUUCCAACUCAAAUGACGCUGUCAUUCAAGAAUUCCCAUUGCCACCGUCCAACCUCUACGCUGUCGCAGAAGACACACACAGCCGCAAUUUGCCAUCUGUCCAUGAAUACAACAACACGAAGAGUACCACACCACCCACCAAGAAGAGAGUCAGCCGCCCUCCAACGUCUUCUUCGGGAUCUUCAGCCACGGUUGGACAUGAUGUAACACAUUCCCAAAACAGACUUGUAAAUAACAACAGUGAUAAACCACCUGGGAGUCUAUUACAAACCAUUUCUUCCGAAUCACCCGCUUUUCACCAAAACAAUAGCAAUAGCAGAAUGGAUUCACUCACAGAGAUGCUUCAGUCUGAAAUAAAAAAAAUGGCACUGAAUGCAGAUUUGCUGGAGCUGAAACGUACUGUAGAUCGAAUGCAGCAGCAGCGUGUUACAGAUCUGGAAGACCACCUAACAAGAGUAGCUGAACAGAAGCUGAGGGAAAUGGAGAUACUGGAGCAGAUCAAGCAGACCAAGCAGAGGUUGGACAUGGCUAUUGCUGAAAAUAUGUUUACAAACAAGAACUCGGGGGAGCAGGAAGUGCCCAAGCAACCCACUGACGACCAGGCGCCUGUCAUGAAAUCAUCCAGUUCAACCAACACUACCAGAAGCAAUAAGCUAAGAUCCAGCGGCUCUAUGAACGCAGGUACCACAGCAAGCAAUUCUCACAUCCGCCAUCAGCACCCACAACAGCCACCGGCCAACAGACAGAGACACAGAAGAUCACUGCCGUCUGCUUAUCAACGCUUGCCUGCUCAAAAUGAGUACUUCCCAGACAUGAACAACCCCAACUUUGAGUUUGACUACCCUCCUCCUCCUCAAUUUGGCUACCCACAAGACUACGACCCCGAAAUCAAUAUGAUGAUGAUGAUGAAUGGUAAUCAGAGUCAAUUUGUGGACCCCUUUACUAUGGACUCGCCCAGAGGACGCUACACUCAUCGAAAAUCUUCAUUGCAGCGUCGUCCUCGGUCAAAAUCCAUGGAGUCUCAAUGGCAAGAUCAAUUGGAUCUGGAUCAGCAUUACAUGCUGCAGCAGCAACAGCAGCAUCCACUUCCCUCCUAUCCAAACAUGCACCCGGAUGGCAAUUUUUACUAUGCUACACCUCGUACAAGAUCUAGAAAGUCCUCACUACGCAGUGCCAAGAGCUCCUCUUCGGACUCUGACGAUAACAACAAUAGCAACAAAAACGACGAUUUUGACCAAGCUCAAGCUAAUUCAGCAAAUAGAGAGGAAAGCGUCAUGGACAAGCCUGAAUCUGCAAGACAGCAUGAGAUGGGAUCGGAUGAAGACAGACAUCAUCCAACAAGACAUCGUAGUGGCAGUGGUCGAUUUCGACAAGGACAUCCUCAUCCUGGUGCUAUGGGUAAUAUGCCUCCCAACAUGUUUGCUUAUCCCAACGGACUACCUCCAUUGCCUCACCUUAUGGAUCGAGAGCGCAUGAAGAUGAGACCUCCUCCUCCUCCUCCUCCGCAUUAUGGCUAUAACAACAUGCCUCCUCCUCCACCCCCAGGCAAUGAGUAUUUUUCGUACAUGCCUCCCUCGCAGAGGAUAUCUCCACGUAUGAUGGCUGCUCUAGCAGCAGAUGAACAGAAUCAACAGCAGCAACAGCAGCAACAGCAACCCUAUGGUGGCUAUCAAUGGGGCGCUCCUCCUCCUCCUCCUCCUCAAGGUAUGUAUGGCAUACCUCCACCUCCUCCACCGGAUAAUCUAGGAGCUGCUGCUAAUUUACCUUGCGAUCAACAAACAGAUCAACAGGCAUUUGGAAACAGAAGAUUCCCUCCACCUCCUCCAUCAGUAUCAGGCGGUCAACAACAACCUAAUACACUGCAACAAACACCUCAACCCCCUCCUCCUCAGGGCUAUAUUUCAAUGUAUGGGGAGAGGAUGUACAUGUAA